GAAAAAAGAAAGAGCAAGGAAGAUAAGGAGACAAAAGAGGAAGAGAAAAUGCAAAGAGAAAGAAAGAAAAGAGGAAGAGACAAAAGAAAAAGGAAAAAGGAAACCGUUAGAACGAGGAGAGAGAUACGAACGGAGGAAAAGAAGAAAAAGGAUGAAAAAAAGAAAGAGAAAGGAAGAUAAGGAGACAAAAGAGGAAGAGAAAAGGCAAAGAGAAAGAAAGAAAAGAGGAAGAGACAAGGGAAAAGAAAAAAAGGAGCCGCUAGAACGCGUCGACUCGGUUUGUUUACGUUUUGCCGCGGGGAGCUGCACGUGUGGGCGGCGUUCAAAAUGAUCUACGUUUAUUUCACGUUCCUGACCUCGCCCGCCUUUAAAAGUCCUCGUUGCUCCAGGGCGUAGCUCCGUUACCCUGGGGGGCCUAUGGGGGUGCGGGGUACAGGCACCCAUCGCUCCGGGACACCUUGCCUCAGUGCUCAUCUCUGUCAAAUUAAAGACUCAAGAGCUGUGUGAAGAAGCUGAGCAGCGUCUCCCUGGCCUGGGCGUGGAGUGAGCUGGUCCCCUCAUCACCAGCACCAUAGACCAGGGGAUGAGGUGCUCCUGGGCGGACCAGAGGAUGUCCACUGUGCUGCCGGGCCUCAGACAGUGAGUGCCGGGUGCAGCAGGAGGCGCUAACUCUCCCCUACCCGCUGUUUGUCGCGCUGAACAUUGGCCCGGCGCUUGUGGCUGCCUUCCUCGGCUCUUAUGUGGAGCCCGUGGCUGCCGGCAGUGGCAUCCCGCAGGUCAAGUGUUACCUGAAUGGCGCCAAGGUGUCCCGCGUGGUGAGGAUCAAGACCCUGAUGAGCAAGGCCGUGGGGGUGACCUUCUCUGUGCUGGGAGGCCGGGUCGUGGGAAAGGUCAGGUCGUGGGCAAGGUCUGUGGCCGUGAGCUGACCACCAAGAUGCUGCUGCCCACGGUGCCGGCCAUGGCCAAGGGCAGGGUGGCCAGGACUACAGAUGAUGGGCCACUCCUAGACAAAGAGGACCUGGACACACUGUUCUGCGGCACCAGCAGCAGCAGCCUGCACAUCCAUGGCCUGCAGGAGGAGGACGAGGGGACGUACAGGUGCCGGGCGGAGAACAGGGACCUGGACACACUGUUCUGCGGCACCACCAGCAGCAGCCUGCACAUCCAUGGCCUGCAGGAGGAGGACGAGGGGACGUACAGGUGCCGGGCGGAGAACAGGGACCUGGACACACUGUUCUGCGGCACCAGCAGCAGCAGCCUGCACAUCCAUGGCCUGCAGGAGGAGGACGAGGGGACGUACAGGUGCUGGGCGGAGAACAGGGACCUGGACACACUGUUCUGCGGCACCAGCAGCAGCAGCCUGCACAUCACAUCCCAUGGGAGGAGGGAGGACGGAGGGACGCAGUGCCGGGCGGAGAACAGGGAGGACUCGCUCGACGCCGUGGCCCACAUACAGGUCCAAGUUGCUCCGAGGUUUCUGAGGCAGCCGGCCAACGCUCUCGCCUAUGAGAAGGAGAACGUGGAGCUGGAGUGCAGCGUGUACAGCCAGCCAGAGCCCUCGCUCCACUGGCUCAAGAACGGCGAGCUGCUGGUGGAGACGGAAUACCUUCAGAGAACGCGUCCAGAACGUGAGUGCAGCUCCUCCAGCGAGGGACGGGAUGAAUACAAGACCCAGAUCAGCGACCUAAGACCCGGGAGUAACUACAUGGUGCGGGUGGCGGCCCACACCUCCGGCGGCCUGGUGGGCGCCUCCAUACACGAGGUGCGGGUGUUCACCAAGCCGGACCUGGACCUGCCCUCCGCCUCAGAGUCUGAAAGUUGUCUCCACCUCACCCACCAGUCUGGAGGCCACUUGGUCGCCGCCCGUACUGGCCAAAACGCCCAUCACGGGAUACACCAUGUUCUAUACGCAGUUUUCUCCUCAGGUUGGGUCAGCAGAAGAACACGAAGUAAAGGUCACUGGUACGUCACAUGACCUCCAAGGCCUGGACCAGUUCACUGAGCACAGCGUGUGGCUCACCGCCGUCAACAGUAAUGGCGGGGGAGACGCCAACCCGGAGGUCACUGCCAGAACCUUCUCAGACGUGCCCUCAAAGGAGCCUCAGAAUGUGAGCGUUGAGGCUGCCAGCUCAAGGAGCCUCAUCAUCUGCUGGGAGCCUCCGCUGGCCGAGCACCAGAAUGGGAUCAUCACCAGCUGCAAGAUCCGCUACAAAGAGCGCGGCGAGUCAGGUUCCUCCAAGACCAAAGCCACAGACGGAAACAGACGACUCUUUGCCCUCAAGAAAAGCACCACAUACUCCAUAAA